UACAAGUGUCCUACAGAGAGCAGGCACGGUUUUAUCACGGUGAGAUUUUACGGACUUCGGUCUCUUAAUCUUUAAGUCAUAACUGGAAUAAAUUCUACUUUAACAGAUAAUAUGCCUAAAGGAGGAAAGAGAUAUGCAAAUAUGGACCAAGAUGGCAAAUGGUUUGCCCAUGUUGUCUCGCAACAGUGUGAGGUAACACGAGAAGCCUGUACCACCACAGGAGAGAUGCUUUCCCAGCCCAUACCACAACACAUGCAAGGACAAAAGAGAUAUACCAAAACUUGUAUCAACCAUGAAAAGAAGACAAUGGGCAGGAGCUAUCCGUUUUCAGAGCACGAUAAUCAAGGUUCACUGCAAGAUAAUAUAGAUACAUAUGGCCAAGGCUUGGGUCGGAAGAAGUGUCUGGAUGACCGCCGGCAGCAUAACUCUCAUUUCUGCCUCUGUCAUGAUGGCAGUGUGAGUGCAGUAUGGUUGGGGAGCAGGGAUCAUUCAGCUUAUCAGACUGACUUCCUGCCCAAGCAAAACACAGAGAGCACAGAAGACACACAGCAUAUACGCCGUUUUCCCAGGAACCAUCUGAAACGGUCAAAUGAGGCUGCUGUGGCUCAGGCUGAGGAGGGCUACAUGUGGUUUGGAAGGCAUGAUUUGAAUCACCGCACACCUCUUCAUGUACUGGCAGCUACCAACCACUCCUUAGCCUUGUAAUUGUUAUAAUCCGGUUAUAAUGUGGGUGGCUGUGGCUCAAGUGGCAGAGCAGGUUGUCCACUAAUCGUAGGGUUGGCGGUUCGAUUCCCGGCCCACAUGACUCCACAUAGCUUGGGCAAGACACUGAACCCCAAGUUGCUCCUGAUGGUAAGUUAGGCCUUGCAUGGCAGCUCUGCUACCACUGGUGUGUGAAUGGGUGAAUGAGACACAGUGUAAAUUACUUUGGAUAAAAGCACUAUGUAAGUUUGCCAUGAUCCAGUCACAGAAGAGCACAUUAAAGCAUCCAUGUGUAUUUUU